GCGUUUUAUGAACGAAUUUUGUCACUUUCUGCUUCCGGUUGAGUACCACCAUUUUGGAUUGCGUCCGGAGAUGUGUUGGGUGUGAUUUGUUUCAUUGAACACCAAUCGAUUUUAGUUGCCGCCAGAUACUUUUGUGACGUAUCCUUUUUAUAAGUACUGUCAUUUCACAAACGGAAUAUGCCACUUUUCCCCGGCAAGAAGAAGGACAAGAAAGCGAGAGCUGAACAGCUCACGGAAAACACAGCAGAUAUGCCACAAACAGACCCUCGUCACCACCAGAAUGCUGCCGAUUACAACGGGGCAAAUAGCGGAGAACAACCUCGUCAGCGACCGUCUCCUCAGCAGCAUCCACAACCAGGGAUGACGGCCGGUGCGUACGGAACAGCCGUGCCACCGAGAGCACCGUCAUACGGCAAAGACAGGCGACCUCGGCUAGUCUUUCACUGUCAAUUAGCUCACGGUAGCCCGACCGGCAGGAUAGAAGGUUUCACCAACGUUAAAGAAUUAUACGAGAAGAUCGGCGAUGCGUUCGACAUGCCCGCUACUCAGAUUUUAUUUUGUUCUUUAAAUACACAUAAAAUAGACAUGCAACGACUGUUAGGAGGUCAGAUAGGUCUCGAAGACUUUAUCUUUGCGCAUAUAAAAGGUUUCACCAAAGAAAUAGAAGUUCUAAAAAGUGAACCAGCUUUGGGACUGACUAUUACUGACAACGGCGCUGGUUUCGCAUUUAUUAAACGAAUCAAGGAAAAUAGCAUCAUGGACGGAGAAUCAAAUGUGUGCGUGGGUGACCAUAUAGAAGCAAUUAACGGCAAAAGUAUGGUGGGAUGUCGGCACUUUGAGGUUGCGAGAACACUAAAAGAAUUGCCUCAACAUGCUAGAUUUACCAUGACAUUAGUGGAGCCGAGAAAAGCGUUUGCUGAAAUAGGGCCACGGCAAGCUAACCGGGUGGGUGGCAAUGCGUCAUUAGCGCCAACGCCAACAGAAAAUCAAGUGAAAUCAGGAAAAGAAACUCUACGACUCAGAUCUAAGGGACCUGCUACAAUAGAAGCAUUGCCGAGUGCGUUUGAAGAACGAGCCAUCAAGAAAGUGGAUGAUUUACUGGAAAGUUACAUGGGUAUAAGAGAUGAAGAAUUAGCUGCCACCAUGGUUGAGUUUGGUAAAGAUAAGAACAAUCCUAAUCAGUUUGCUGCCGCCAUGGAUGACAACUUGGGUGAUUUUGCAUUCCCGGAUGAAUUUGUUUUUGAUGUGUGGGGCGCUAUCACAGAUGCAAAAGCAGGAAGAAUUUAGUUCAUAAGUCAAGAUCCUUCUUGCCUUCCCCUUGCCCUCCAUCCCCUGUAUCCUCAGAACACACAUUAAAUAAGUCUUGGGGACUUUGUUAUCAUACUUUUAUUCAAGUCAGCUGGCUGAAGUUACUUAAUGUCUGCAUGAGUUGAUAGCAGCUUAGAAGUACCAGUGAAAUUAGUGAUACCCGUAACACUUGUUAUAUUUGUUGUUUUACAUCCCACCAGCACAAAAAUAAGUUCCAAAUCACAGAAUCUAUUAGAAAUAACAACAUACUCAAACAAUAUCCAAUUUGCCGCGC